AUGGCAAUGAUUGCGAUGACCAUCUUUCUCCGGACUGAGAUGCACAGAGAUUCAGUGGCUCAUGGAGGCAUAUAUGUAGGUGCAUUGUUCUAUGCUGUUGUUGUGAUCAUGUUCAACGGAGUCGCAGAAGUUUCCAUGGUAGUUUCAAGGCUUCCGGUUUUCUACAAGCAAAGGGGAUGCCUCUUUUUCCCUACAUGGAUAUAUGCUCUUCCAGGAUGGAUCCUAAAAAUUCCCCUGACUUUUGUGGAAGUGGCUGUUUGGGUAUUCCUUACCUACUAUGUCAUUGGUUUUGAUCCAAAUAUUGAAAGAUUUUUUAGGCAAUACCUUGUUCUUGUACUAGUACACCAGAUGGCUUCUGGAUUAUUCAGACUUGUUGCGGCAGUAGGGAGAGAUAUGACAGUGGCUCUAACAUUUGGAUCAUUUAUUAAUGCCAUCCUUUUUUGUAUGAGUGGUUUUAUCCUAUCAAAAGGUAAGAUUGAUAUAAAACAAAUAAAAAAUCGCGGUGUUUGUCUUAUUUAUGUUCUCCUCUCUUUUCUUCGCUUUAUGCUCACAGACAGUAUAAAGAAAGGGUGA